UGAUGUCCUUCAUCCCAAUCACCGCAAUUAUCAAGAGCAGCAGCAAUCGCAUCUCACAAUUCACCCACAACACCAAGAAGCAAAUUUUCCUCCGCAUCCUACGCCAAUCCUCCCAUUUCGGGGUCAAAACAUGUUCCCUAUAUGUCCAUCAAAUCCCACCGUACCAAGGAURGCAACGGGAUUGAAUGCAUCAGCAUGGAGCAUACCACAAAAGAAGACUUCUCCAAAUGGCAUGCCUUUUGAGGGAGGUUUCACCCACGCUGGCAAUGGAGUAGAUCCUGCUGCCAUUGUGAGUACGACAGUUAAUAAUGCAUGUGUUGAAGGAAACAACGUUCUUGCUGAACCCAGCGGCAAGCGAAGCAACGAUGCCACUAUUACUUCAACGAGAUCAAUUCGUUCGGAACGAAAGCGGGAACUCGAAAAACAGCGUCGGUUCGAACUGAACGAGCGAUUUACUACAUUAGUUSAGCUCAUUAGCCGUAUUGAAACCGAGGACGACGCAGCAAAUAAAUUGUGGCAAUUGGAGCAAGGUCAAAAARCAAUUCCCAUGAAGGAACAACACAAUGUCGACGAGGGAUCCAAAACWUGUCCCUCAAAGAUUGCUACCGGUAGCAAAGCAACUACGAUUUCAACAUCGAUAUCGGAAGUUGCUGCAAUGGUAGCGGCAGAACGAGACGAUUUCAAACGCAAGUUCCCACAUUUUAUCACGUCUARUAAUCGUGCUGAUCUGAUUGAACGCACCGUAUCCCACCUGGAACGUUGUGCAAAGAUCCGAACGUGGCAAGACGGUGUUAUUGCAUCCCUGAAGAGGACACUGAAAGCUGUGAAAAAGGAUACACAAGUUGCCCAACAGAAACUAAGUGAUCUCGAAAUAUACGGCAGAUUCAAUGCAGCCACAAUGGCAAUGRCAACAGCUCCUAUGCAUCCAAUGAUCGCUAAAGUUGGUGAUAGCGAAGGGAACAAUACCAAAGACACAAGUACGUCUUUGACAGCUGACAAGACGAAAGCGGUGGCUACACAGCAACAGCAACAGCAACAGCAACAGCAGCAUCAACAACCACCUCAGGUACGUAUGUCCAGUGAAAUGCUCCCAAAAAAUAAAGGUAUAUGUGCGUUGGUUUGUGUACUUUUAAGAAAUGCUAUUUACCUUUGUUGUGUUGUUUGCUUUCUUCUCAGAUGAUGUUUAUGGUACCGAUGAUGGUUGAUGCAACUGACGGUUCAARCCAACACCCGAGUACCAAUGCUGGUUCGAGCCAUCCAUAUCUUUUGCCAAUGCCAGUCGCUUCAAUAGGUGGCCAACAAUUUACCAAUAUGAUGAUGCCACUGCCGUCACCGAUGCUACCCCAAGGAGCAGCACCGACGUGUCUUGMAACGCCACAGCAACRAGCCGAUCCACAGGAACAGCCGGAAGAGSRAGARCAGCAGCRUUGCCACGACAAAAAACAGGAGCAACACGAAGAACUUCCCGGAUCCGAUGCAUGACUGCCGGAAACAUGCUUGCGCCAAGGACAGCAACGCCUGCUUUGAGCAGAAAGGCAGUGCGGAGUGUAGAUGCGGUUGUUGCCCAUCCCCGGCACUCCCUUUGAGGGCACAGCACAAGGCUCGGCCACCUUCGAUAACGAAACCCCCUAUCGCUCAUCGGAGAGAACAGAAGCCUCUCCUGUUACAUCUCCCGCCCACUCCCUUGGACCAAUGCAAGCGACAC